AUGAAAAUUUCUUCCUAUUCUCUCUCUCUGUUGUUGUGUUUCUCUGUUUCAAUCCAUGCUGUAUCUGGGUUGAGCUCUGAUGGUACAACUCUGUUGUCACUCAUGACCCAUUGGACUUCUAUUCCUCCUUCCAUGAAAUCAAGCUGGAACGCUUCUGAUUCCACUCCUUGUUCAUGGGUUGGAGUCCAAUGUGACUCCAAUCAUCACCACAGCCGCUUUGUAGUUUCUUUAAACCUCUCUGGUUUUCAAAUAUUGGGUCGAUUAGGACCUGAGAUAGCUGAAUUGACCCAAUUGAAGUCCAUUGAUUUCGGCAACAAUGGUUUCACAGGUUCAAUCCCUUCUGAAUUGGGUAAUUGUAGUCUCAUUGAAUACUUGGAACUCUCCCAAAACAGCUUCACUGGUGAUAUACCAGAGAGCUUUGGGAAUUUGCUGAAUUUGAGAUUCAUAAACUUGUAUUCUAAUUUCAUGAAAGGUUCAAUCCCUGAAUCCCUGUUUCGAAUCCCACAUUUGGAUACUGUUUGGCUCGAUGUGAACGAACUUAACGGUUCAAUCCUAUUGAAUGUUGGCAACAUGAGUGAGAUUUCAUCUCUUUGGCUAUAUGGUAAUCAAUUGUCAGGCACCAUUCCCUCCUCCAUAGGAAAUUGUACCAAAUUGGUAGAACUUUACUUGAAUGAUAAUCAAUUUGUUGGGGAUUUCCCGGAGAGUUUGAAUAAUCUUGAGGAGCUAAUGUAUCUUGAUGUUAGUAAUAACAGUUUAAAGGGUACUAUUCAAUUAGGUUUGGGUAGUUUCAAGCAAAUGGACACUUUGGUCUUGUCUUUCAACUAUUUUAGCAGUGGUAUUCCACCAGGGUUGGGAAAUUGUAGUAGCUUAACUCAACUUGCCGCUGCUCGUUGUGGUUUAACCGGUCCUAUCCCACCUUCUCUCGGACAAUUAACCCAGCUGACACUUCUUUACCUCUGUGAAAACCAUUUAUCGGGUAGAAUACCACCUGAGCUUGGCAAUAUGAAAUCCCUUAAUGAUCUUCAGCUUUAUGACAACCAACUUGAGGGGGAAAUCCCAAGCGAAUUAGGGUUGCUGAGUGAGUUGCAGAACCUUUUCUUGUAUACUAACCGUUUGGAUGGUGAGAUUCCAAUAAGUAUUUGGAAGAUUCAGAGCCUUGAGAAUUUUCAUGUGUACGACAAUAAUCUUUCCGGGGAACUACCUCCUGAGAUCGUUGAGCUAAAGCAUUUGAGAAACAUUUCUUUGUUCAACAACCAUUUUUCCGGAGUCAUACCCCAAAGUUUAGGAAUGAAUUGUAAUUUGACCCUGGUGGACUUCACCAACAACUCAUUCGUUGGUGAAAUACCUCCAAACCUUUGCUUCAAUAAACAAUUGAGUAAACUGAUGCUGGGUCUGAAUCGUCUUGAAGGUAGCAUACCUUCCGAUGUAGGAACUUGUUCGACUCUGACAAGGCUGAUUCUUAAACAGAAUAGCCUCACCGGAGCUGUUCCAGAAUUUCUGAAAAAUCCGAACCCUUUGUACAUGGAUCUUAGCAACAACAGUCUGACUGGUCCAAUUUCAUCAAGCUUGGUAAACCUUACUAAUGUUACUUAUAUUAACUUGGCGAUGAAUAGGCUUACAGGGCUUAUACCCCUGGAGCUAGGAAACCUGUUGGAUCUUGAGGCUUUGAAUCUCUCUCACAACAAUUUGGAAGGUCCGUUGCCGUCUCAACUGUCGAAUUGUACCAAACUAUUGCAAUUUGAUGUGGGUUAUAAUUUGUUAAACGGUUCGAUUCCAUCUAGUUUAAGAAGCUUGAUGGUGUUGUCCGCUCUAGGUCUAAGUGGGAAUCGUUUCACCGGGGGUAUUCCACCAUUCUUGUUUGAAUUCACAACCCUUUUGAGUAUACAGCUUGGUGGAAAUUUAUUAGGUGGGGACAUCCCCUCAUCCAUUGGAUCUACUGGGGCGGUGUGGAACCUGAGAGCAUUAGAUCUCAGCCGUAACGGACUAAAGGGUCAUGUUCCCGCUGAACUUGGGAAAUUGGCUAUGCUAGAGCAAUUAGACAUAUCAUUCAACAAUCUGACCGGAACUUUGGCAGACAUUGGUAAACUUUCUUCAUUAACCGAGGUCAAUGUCGCUCAUAAUUACUUCACCGGGCCCAUACCAGAAACACUGAUGAAGUUUCUCAAUUCAUCCCCCUCUUCAUUCCUGGGUAAUCCAGGCCUUUGUGUCAAUUGCUUUGGCCUAACUUGCAUUAGAAACAGCAAUUUCAGAACUUGUGAUCCUAAACAGAUCAACCAGGAAGGUCUUAGUAAACUAAAAAUUGCAAUGAUAGCUCUUGGAUCAUCACUAUGCGUUGUUCUUGUGCUUGUGCUGGGUUACGUGUUUAUCUGGUGUAGAAGACCGAGACAGGAAGCUGGGAUCUCUCCUGAAGAUGGUGCAUUUGCCAAACUGAUCAACAAAAUCAUGGAAGCAACAGACAAUCUGAAUGAGAGGUAUAUUAUUGGGAGAGGAGCUCAUGGAAUUGUUUAUAAGGCUUCGAUUGAAGAUGAAGUGUAUGCGGUGAAGAAGCUUGUGUUUGCAGGGCUCAACGGGGGGAACACAAGUAUGGUUAGAGAGAUUCAGACUGCUGGGAAGGUCAGGCACCGGAAUUUAGUCAAAUUGAAAGACUUUUGGUUGAGGAAAGAGUACGGUUUGAUCUUGUACGACUACAUGGAAAAUGGAAGUCUUCAUGAUGUUCUCCACGUGAAGAAACCACCUCCAGCUUUGGAGUGGAACGUCCGCUACAAGAUAGCACUCGGAAUUGCCCAAGGAUUGGCAUAUCUCCAUCAUGACUGUGAUCCUGCUAUUUUGCACCGAGAUAUCAAACCGAUGAACAUACUUUUGGACUCGGAUAUGGAGCCUCAUAUCUCAGAUUUCGGCAUCGCCAAGCUUUUGGAUCAAUCUUCAUCUUCAACACCUUCCAGCAUGGUUCAAGGCACGAUUGGAUACAUUGCGCCAGAGAAUGCAUUUACAAUAAAGAAAAGCAAGGAGUCCGACGUGUACAGUUAUGGGGUUGUUUUGCUGGAGCUGAUAACCAGAAAGAAGGCCUCAGAUCCUUCAUUCUUGGAGGAACUGGAUAUUGUAGGGUGGGUUAGGUCUGUUUGGAACAAUACUGAAGAAAUUGAGAGGAUUGUCGAUCCAAGCCUCUUGGAUGAAUUCUUUGAUUCGAGUAUCAUGGAACAAGUGACUGAUGUGGUUUUGAUGGCUUUGAGAUGUACAGAAAAGGAGCCAAACAAAAGACCCACAAUGAGAGAUGUAGUGAAGCGACUGGUAGAUGCAAAUGUCACAGUCCGAAGCAAGCGGGCCUAGCUUUUAAACCUUCCUCGACUUUCAUUAUCACCCUCUUGGGAAGAUCUUGAAAAGCAGUUAGUAGUUUUUUUUUUUUUUUUGAUCUGCGACAGUUUGUUGUUAGUUAGAUCCUGUUUUUAGUGCUGUCAUAAGCGAUCUGUUUCUGCUAUAUAUGCAGAGGUGACUAGCAUUUUUUUUUUUUUUUUGCACUUGAAUAGAUGUUUCACGAAGUUGGAAUGAGAAAAUUAAUUUGCAGAUCUUAUCAGUUGUAUGAUAAUUCUGGAUUUAUGUGACUUGUAUUAGUAUAUAUAGCUGAAGUGUUCUGUAACUUUUCCCAUCUCAAUUCCUGUGAGAAAACACAGGAAUACUGAAUAGAGUACUGUUGUAUUUUCAUUGCAUUGA